AGAGAGAGAGAGAUGGAUUUGGCGUGUUGAAGUGGCAACUGCAGCUCAAAUUUCAAUCCCUCCUCCCAAGAAUGCAGCCACACACAUGAACAAAUCUUGCGAGAAAGCGAAAGCCCUUUAUCAAUCUCUCUUUUGUAAUUUGGAGUUUCUCUGUCUUUUUUUUUUCUCUGUGAAUGUGAAUUCUCUUGUCAUUUUUUUUCUGACUCCGUUUCUGUUUGAUUGAUUGGGGGAGAUGGGCUCAUCGAACGAGGCUUGAGGCUCAUUCCUUUUCGGUUGACGUUCUUCGAUGAUCUUUUGUUCUUCUGGGGCUUUCACUAUUGUACUUCACCUUUUUCUCUCGUUCCGCUUUCCACGUUCCGUCGCUGAUUCAGAGUGAGAGACAGAGGGAUUGAUAAGUCCCUGUGCAUGCAUGAAUUCAGGAGCUGGGCAUUCAAUCAGUCUCCGCAAAAAGCCUGAGCCAGCUUCCCCACUCUGCUCGCUCUCUCUCUCUCUCUCUCUCUCUCUCUCUCUCCGUGACCAUAGUGAGUGUGUGUACGACAAUGGGGAGUAUUCAAGAAUGGCUAUUUUUCCCCAGGAGCGGGCAAACAAUGGUCUUUUUGCUCUUGCUCUUUCUGUGGGGUUCGACCCAAGUCUCCUAUGUGGCCGAAGGUAGAGUCAUCUCCUCCAAGCUUACGAGAGGAGGAGAGGAUGAACAAGAGAAGGUGAUGCUGAUGAAGAGAAUGAGGUCGCUGAUAGGGUCGAGGCCUCCGAUGUGCGCGAGGAAGUGCAGCUCCUGCGGGCACUGCGAGGCCGUGCAAGUCCCUUUUGUUCCCCAACAAGUUCGCGGCCCAAGAAGAGGUAGGAGUGCUCAUAGCCAUAUUGCUUCUGCAUCCACAAGGGCCACGACUGCUUACUAUUCGAGAGGCGAUGACAUCUCCAACUACAAGCCCAUGACCUGGAAGUGCAAAUGCGGGGACAUGUUUUUCAACCCUUGAUCUAAAACGAACUCACCGUCUUCAUCUCACAGAGAUCAGGAGUAUUAUAUUCAAUUUGCCCUUAUAUGUACAACCCCUUCUUUCUCAUUCUCGUUUUCGGCUGUUUCCUCCGAUUUUUGUCUUACUAUAUGGCUUAUGUAAAGCUUUCUAUCCUUCUCGCGUACAGGUGUUAAUCUAUUUUAUGAGAAAGAUUGUGAGACUAAGAUCUCUCCCAUAUGUGUUUAUGCAAAUGCAAAAGUCGUUUCGUUUCUCU